CUCUCCAAUCCUAGUUUCUUGACUUUGAUACCCACGCAUUUCACGACUUGUUACGAUUCACUGCCUCAAGAUUGAGCCUGUUUUUUGCUGUUUGGGCAUAGACACACUGAGCGACUUCUGUAUUUUCCUCUUGAUUACGAAUAAUUCCAUCUUUCACAUAUUUUUGCUCAAACUCAAGCUCGCCUUCGAGCCGAAGUCGACACUUUUUUUUUUCGAGACGCCAAACAGCUCGCGUCUGGCACCAUCUCGAGGUACAACCACACAACUCGACGCGCGGUAUGGAUAUGACCACAGCCCAAAUCACAACUCUUUGACGCCGACGCUUAUCGGCUCCAAAGCUACACCUGCAGCACAUAUUCUCUGUCUAGAAUACCCCAGUCUCCAAUUUCUACAGUAAUAUCGGACCACGCAGAGUACGCAUUCCAAGCAUGGCGUGCAACAACAACAACGACUGGGCAAAUACGCCCCCGGAUUAUGAGGAGGCUGGUGUGCAAACGAGACCCAUGGGGUUGAAAGUCCACUACACAUUUGACAAGGAUAGUUCAGUCAAUUGCCUGGCCCGGUGGGCUGGUAUACUCCAAAUCCAGACAAUUCCCCUGGACGACAGGAACUCAAUUGGAGUGGUGGAUCUCAGAAUAUGUCUGCAGUCGAUAGCACAAUGCAGUCCCGAACUGGCCGCCGACAGUGAGAGGGAUUACACCGUCUAUGCCUUCGAUUAUUCCGAGCCCAAUACGCCACUCGUUGGGCAGGGUAUGUUUGGUUGGGAACUUGGUCAGGGCGACGUGAACUCUCCCAAACAGGUUACCGGACGAGUCACCAAGAACCUCCUGGCCAUAUUCGGUAAUGGCAUCAAGGAGACCCUCGAGGUCAAGUUGAAGUUGAACGCGGUACCCAAGGCCAACCGCGGAACUCCUGUAAUGCAUGCACCGUCACCCGCGCCAGUUCCCGUCAACACAUCCAACUCCUUUCCACCAGCCAUGGUACAACAGUCUUCUGCCAUGUCCGAGGCUCAUGAGUGGAAUGUAUUCGUCCAGUCCAACCCCAGCCUCGGCCAUAGUGGACAUGUAUCCAUCCCGUCACCGGUUGCGGCACCCGUUCAGCCUUACGCUUCACCUUAUGAGGCUCGAAACGACAUUCAUGGUUCUAACUUCCAGAACGCCCAGAUGCACCCGAGCAGUCGACCUGGAAGCCGCCCAGGCAGUCGGACAGGUUCAAUGGAGCCGAACGCCUACUACAACAGCGCCGCUACACCUCAGGCCUCAACGCUCUCACAAGUCUCGGUUCCGCCUCAAGCACAAGAGCCGGUCCCAAUGCCACCUACCGGGCCGGUCCCGCAACCGCGGCCAGCAUCAAGACCAUCGUCGAGAGCGUCCACAGCAUCCAGGCCUCGAGGUCGGCCUAGAAAGAAGCCUCUUGCGGUCGAAGGCAGCACCUCCGGCUACGAAGAUGGCACAGACGGUGACGAGCCACUGCGGGCCAAGAAACGAGCCAAGACUACCAAAGUUGAACGAAGCAAUACAGCGACUUUCGGCUCUGCGCCUGACUCUCUUCGGGUGGCGGCAAGUACUUCAGGUUCCCUGCGGAGUUUCCGGCCUGCACUAGGUGGUGAAGCCCCUCAAAGCAGUCAUCUCCAGGAAGUUCCCAGAGCGCCUACGCCAGUACCUGCUAACCGAUCAUUCCCCGGGCCGCCUCCAUCCAAUCCUACUUCCUCGACUCAUUUGAGACGUCAAUCCACGUCCAACAUGGCCGAGCGGCAUGGGGUAUAUACAAACCCAUAUCUCGAUGUCCACCGCUCAAUGUCGUUCGGACCUGACGCUCGAUCGCCUGAUUCUCUGGCCCCGUCGCCUUCACAGUACAGCGAAGGGCCUAGCCCGGCUGAUAUAGGAUCUUCGCCACCAGUCCCGAGGUCUGUCAUGUACCCAAGUGCACGAUCAAGUCCUGCUCCAUCGAGUCCUAUUCUUCCUCCGAUGCGAGUAUCUCAAGUCGAUUCAGGGUUCAUGAGCGGCGGGAUUGAAGGCAGCCGACUUGACGAAGACGACAUCACCAAGCCACAGCCGCAGCCGAUUCCAGUACCAACCGUGGCUGAGAAGAAACCCAAGCCCAAGUCCAGACCCCGAAAGAGCCGCGCAAAGAAGCAACAAGCAGCGAAGGAUGAGCCAGCAGAGCAGCCCGGCCCACUCAUCAUCCAAACAGAAACGCCCGGCCCUCCUGAACUAUUACCAACUACUUCGAUGUAUAAUCCCCCAAACUACAAUAGAAAACAAACGGGAGAUCAGCCCACACCCCCAGCAAUAGAGCAGCCUAUGCCUACGCAACUCCCUCUAGCUGGACCCCAAGAGCCAACACAGGUGCAUUUGACGCGGCAAGAUUCGUACAUGAGCUUUUCUCAGCAAAGCGCAUGCUCUCCAGAUGAUUUCGACGAGCUGGAGAGAGCAUUGAUGAAUGGCCUGGAGCAACAGAAUCACCAGUACUUUGAAGGGCUUCCCGCAGGCUCGCAAUGUUUCAACGUUGGCAUGAAUGCUCAAAAUGGUAAAAUCACAACCAAAAUCGAACAAGGAGACUCCAUAAUGGACGCUCCUCCCGUUCCCACGGCCAGUGAGGAGGCAACGGAAGAGCUAGAGCUCCCACCUAUGGUACCUGCGAGCGAUCCAGUGUUUGCGCAAUCUGGCAUGAUGGGUUCUGAGGCUACUCACCCUCAAACAGACGCGGCAUACAACAAGAACGCAGUGAAAAAGCAGACUAUCAAGCAAAGAUUGGAAGAAGCCAUUGCUGCAGGCCAGAUGCCCCCUUUCUGCAGCAACUGCGGGGCUAUCCAGACUCCAACAUGGCGCAAAAUCUACAAACAGGAAAAGAAGGGUGCUCCAAGCUUUCACGUUUAUUCGGACAAGCCAGGAUGCGUCACGGCCAUCAAUAUCUUGACGCAAGACACACAGAACAACAUAACCUCAUACGAGAUUGUGAAGAAAUCGCUUGGCGCUGACGAGGACAAGAGUGCCUGGACAGAGCUUAUACUCUGCAACCCUUGUGGUAUAUGGUUCUCAAAGUGGAAAUAUCCUCGCCCAGCUGAUAAGUGGGAAAAGGACCAACAACGUCUUGGUCAGACUCGCAAGAGGAAGGAGGCAAGAGAGGCAGGCGAGAAAGCCCCUAAAGCUCCCAGAGUCAGAAAGCCCCGUACCAAGAGUGGUUCGCAGACCAAUCCCGCAUCAGACGCCUGCCUGAUGACUGAUCCUCUGGGGUUUGAGAGUCCCCCUUCACCUCAAGAGGAACUUUCCAACCCGUUUGAGUCUAUACAGACGGCGGGAAACGAGGAGAGGGGCGAUGGUGAAGGUCAGGGUCCUGGUUCUACCCACUCCAGAGGCUCGACACAUUCUAGAGGCAGUGGCAAAACGCCUGGUAGCCCCAUCGCUCUUGACGACGAAUUCGGUGCCACGAGACGCAUUCUGUUCCCAUCGCCACGCAAGGACGGCGAGCAAAAGAUCCUGGGCGAAGUUGCAGUUAACAUCGUGCAUGUCGCACCUGACUUCAGAGGCUCGAAGCAAGGAGACAGCGUGCACGAUAAGGAAAAUGCCGGCAUUGAGGCACACGGCGACAUGGCUGGCUUGUUCGACACUCCGACACGCCCGUCCACACCUCCCCCAAUGUCUGCUCACAGCAGCGGGUCGUUCAAAACUCCAACUCGACCCACACCAAGUCAUCGACCUGUCACUAGAAGUGUCUCCAAGUCUAUUAGGUCUGUGCGCUCUGUCAAGUCGGGCCAGGAACUACAAACAAUACAGCGAACACCAUCCAGGACACCGCGGUCCAACAUGCCAUCCAGUGUGCAUUCUAUGGUGAGACGCUCCCCUAGAGUGGCAGGCCUCCCAUCGCAUCUUCUGGACGAUAACCAUCAGUUCGAUUCUCCUUUCACCAAGUCAAUCAACCAGCUCCUCUCCGAAGCCAAUGACUUCAUGGGCUCUGAGCUUGAUCUAGGUAAUUUGCCUCACCUCGAUAGUGAUGUACAUCUGGCACCUGGAAGCUGGGAUUUCGGCAACCUCCUGAGCACAGACGGCGUCAUACCUAGUUCGCCGCCCGUCCUGCGACAUGGAGGAGCGCAGCACGUCUCCUUCGGUGGACAUCUCCAUUACGAUGCCAACGAUGCCGAUAUCUGGAAGCAGAUCAACGCUGUGGGCACAGAUGCCGAGAAUGACGGCGAAAGUACGGGCAAAUAAAGGCGUUUUUUUUUGUUUGAAAAACAACAUGCACAUGCUUUGUGUCUUGUUUCAACUUUGCUCGACAAGCGUGUCGACUAUUU